UCAGCCCUAGGUUGAAACGUCAAGAAGUGCAUUAUAGUCAGAUGUUACACAUCAUUUGAUGGAAAGUGGUUAAUAACGAAGACCCUGCUUCUUGGUUAUAUCAGAGUUGGUUCUUUGCAUGCCUGGUUAAACUAUUGUUAACCUUGGUUCAAAAGACAGGAUCUUGAAUCAAGAUAUAGCGUCGUUUCAAAGUCAGUCAAACUUCAGUCAAUUCUUAAUAUAUACAGAAGCUACAGUUCCCUUCGCUGUGUCGCCGUUGAUUUGUUUCAUUAUUCUGGGAAAUCAUGCAUAUCAAAUAGAGAAAUACACGUAACUUGCAGUCUUCAACAUAGCACUGGAAUACGCUGGGAAUAUUUAUUGCUACACAAUCAUCUAUCACGAUGUCAAUUUCAAUAAGUUCCUCGUCUUCUGACGAUGAAUUCGAGUUUCCUCCAUUGAGUCCAAGAAGAUUAUGUUCAACAGCAAGCAAUGACUCUGAUAUCUCAAAACGCAGCUCGGUUUCUGGCGCAGAUGAGGUGGAAUACACAAAUUGUCGUAUGGAGGAGCUUCCUUGUUUUCAUAAUGGCAUAACAAGAAACACUGCAGAGAAGCUUCUUAUUCAGGAAAAAGAUGGCUUUUAUUUGAUCCGGAACAGUACCGCCAUAGGGAGUUACACUGUGUCAGUAAGGACCGAUAAAUCUGUGAAACAUUUUCAAAUCCAGCACGAUGGCGAACGAUACAGUUUUGGUCAAGCUUUGUUUUGGAGUCCGAUAGAGAUUUGGAGUCACCUUAACAAACGACCUGUCCUCGAAUGCGAUGAAGGUAUCACCGUGCAGUUAAAACAACCGUAUCUCUGUGAAAAUGAAGAAAAAGUAGAAUACAGCGUAGUGAAACGACAUUAUAUGCCAGACGAAGAAAAGAUGACACCACCGACACCGUCAAAAAGAGCAUCAGUUGCAACUCUCCAACGUUUUACAACAUCAAUUUUAGGCGACGAAGUUUCCACCGUUGAAGGACUUAUUCAUAAGAAGAAAGAAAGAAAGUCGUGGAAACGAAGAUGGUGUGUACUUCAUGGUCAUUAUCUAUCAUAUUACAAACCCGGAAAAGAAAGUUGUCCACUGAAUAACUUAGAUUUAAGGAAAGCAAUUGAAGUGAAAAAUGAUAAUGAUAGCGAUAAGAAGAACUCUUUUAGGAUUAUAUUUCCGGAGAUCUAUUUUGUAUUCUCAACAGAAACACCUGAGGAUAAGAAGAUGUGGUUUGAAAACAUUAGGAAUCAAAUAGAUAGCAACAAGCUGGCUAAUUUGCAGAUUUGAAAUGAAGAAUACCCACAACAAUGUAGAUAGCUACAUUGCAGGUUUGAAGUCAAGAAUCAGCUGAAAUGAUCGACAGGCUCCUUCAUAUGAUAUUCAAACUACUUUCCAAGGGCAUGCAAAACUUAUUUAUUAAUCUUGAUGGAAUAUUGACGUAAGUCUUCAUGAUGGAAAUCAUCCUAAAAUCAUCAAAACAUUAAACGAAAAGCUAUUUUACCAACAAUUAUGUUAUCUUGCUGUACCAUGCUAACAGAUACAGCUUGCAUCUUAGUCUUUAGACUAUGAUUUUUCAUUACUCGUACAAGGUUCAUUGGAUUGGAAACAUUGAUAAUAGUUUAUAUAACACAUAUACCUUCAUGAUAACAUGUGCAUAUCUAAAUCUUAGUACUAUAAAUAUAUAUAUAUUAUUAGGCUGGUGUAACAGUCUCUGAGCUCUGCAGUUCUAAACUGUUCUAACUUGGUCUGAUCUGAGCUUUAUCAAUUCUGAACUAUUUUUUCCCUGUAGUACUUAAUAUAAUAAUAUGUGUUUAUAAAAAAAACUCUUUAAUUUAGUUUCAUCACAGAGUAAAAAGAUCAUGAAAGU